UAUUUCAAGCACUCUGUAUCAAUUUGGAAUCCAAACACAUUUCGAUCCCACCAACUCUAAUCUCCACGUUCUUCCUUUCGCCGGAGGAAGAACGUCGGUGAAGACGACGGUGCGAAAGAUCGAUCUAUAGCGUUUUACAUUUGUCCAAGGGUUUUAUAUAAUUAGACCAUAGGAUUAACAUGGGGAAUUGCUUUGAAUCUUGCUCAAAGAAGAAUGAUAAUAAGAGUGAAAACGUUGACUCCUCAGUGAAGUUGAAACCUUUUUCACAAGGUGAUAGUGAUACUGAAAGAAUUUCGAAUCUUUCGUAUCCAUGGAGUUUAAAACCUCUGAUUACAAGAAAGAGUGAAGCUAGCAGCGCUCUACAUGCACCGAGCAGAGAAGGAGACGUAAUGCAUCCCCAACAUUUGAAGUCCUUUACGUUAGAUGAGCUAAGGAAUGCUACAGGAAACUUCUGUCCAGAGAGUCUCAUUGGAGAAGGAGGGUUCGGGUUUGUUUACAAGGGUUGUAUUAAUGGUGGACCUCGAAUCGACCUCGCUGUUGCUGUUAAGAAGCUUAAAAUUGAAGGGUUUCAGGGCCACAAGGAGUGGCAGAGGGAAGUGAAUUAUCUUGGGAGAUUGCAUCAUCCAAAUCUGGUGAAAUUGAUUGGCUACUCCUUGGAAGACGAGAACCGUCUUCUUAUCUAUGAGUAUAUGCCUAAUGGAAGCUUGGAAAAUCAUUUGUUUGAAAGAGGUUCCAAUGUGCUUUCUUGGUCACUACGUAUGAAAAUCGCGAUUGGUGCUGCUCGAGGACUAUGUUUCUUGCAUGAUGCUAAGGACCAAGUCAUUUACAGAGACUUCAAAGCAUCAAAUAUCCUUCUCGAUUCAGGAUUCAACGCCAAACUCUCAGACUUCGGAUUGGCCAGAGAAGGUCCAAAAGAUGACCGUUCACACGUGACAACUGAAGUCAUUGGUACACAAGGUUACGCAGCUCCAGAGUAUCUAGCUACAGGUCAUCUAACUACGAGAUGCGACGUCUACAGUUUCGGUGUAGUCUUGCUAGAGAUACUCUCAGGACGUAGAGCCAUAGACAAAAGCAGGGCUAGAGAAGAAGAAAACCUAGUGGAAUGGGCGAAACCUUACUUGCGGGACAAGCGAAAAGUUUUUAGGAUAAUGGACACUAAGCUUGUGGGUCAAUACCCUCAGAAAGCAGCUUUCAUGAUGUCUUUCUUGGCCUUACAAUGUAUCGGAGAGGUUAAGGUUAGACCAUCCAUGCCUGAGGUUUUGUCUCUUCUUGAGAAAGUACCGAAUCCAAGACAUAGAAAGAGUAGAAGCAAAGGUUUUGCUACCAACUCUUCUUCUGUCUUUAAAACGGUUUCUCAGACGCACUGAAUAAAAAAUCUUCAACCACAUUAUAUAUAAUCCGUGUCAGACACACUAUGUAUUUGCUUGUUUUGGAUCGUUUUUUG